AUGGAUGAUUCCCUGCAUACAAUGGUGGUUGGAAUGCUGAAGGCUGCCUUUGGAACAGUCCCUAUGAUCUCUUCCAGCUCUAUUUUCUCAAAUCACCAGCUCAGGAAGCCAAGACUUCGAUCCUUGGCUGAGUUAACCCAAGUCAGGGCAACAUUGCAAGGGGAAUCUGGUCUAACUUCAGAUGCUAUUACAUCUUUGGAAGUUAGGCUGGCAUCUGCAGUCAUUACACAUGCCAUCCUCAAUCCCUAUGUGUUGCAUUGGGAUGCAGACAGGUUUUCUGAACCAUUGGUGCAUGCCAAGGACAGGACCAUCCAUUUUGAAAACCCAAAAAUUGGGUAUAUCAAUGCUCCUGCCACAGUUCUGGAUGUGCAUGGCAGGGUGAUAGUAUGGUAUCUGCCUGGUAUUGUCCCAGAUGCAUGGAUAGAACUUCUCAAUUCCCUUCUCCUUUCCAUAAAAGACAAUCUUCAGACUGAGCCCAAGAACAAGCCAAAAGACAAAAGCAAGCUUAACAAACGAUAUGGCCAUAAGCAUCAGCCUGUUGACCAAGUCAUGUAUGGACAUGGCAGGAUUUCCAUGUCUCCUGCCACAUUCCAACAGGCUCAUGAGAGGUUGGUUGAUACACUCUAUCAAAGCACAUCCCUCAAACAGAAAGCCAAUAGGGAAUGGCUGCUCAAGAUUUCUUAUGUGGAACACUUCUGGAGCAAUAUAGCAAAGGUCUCAUUGCCAGAUAUGGCCAGGGCUGGUGAUCAAGCAAUGUUGGCCAAGGCUGGCAGGGUGGAGAAUGAGAUAUCCCUGGAUUGGCCAUCAGGUCUAUACCAACAUUGA